AUGGUAAUGAUGCGCUACGUGCUGUGUAUCCUCGCUCUCCUGCUCUCCUGUGCGUGUGUGCACGUCCUCGCUGAAGAAGUGCCUGCCGCCGAUCUUUCCGACCAAGUCCCUGAUACGGAGAGUGAGACAAAGAUUCUUCUUCAAGGAACUCCUGUCGCCCAACUUACUGAGGGCAGUUGCCCUGAAGGUGCUCAACCUUCUGGUGAGGGUAAAAUUUGUUUGUCAACUGUUCAACAACCACCACCAACAGAAGCUGGUGGUCGUGCUCCUGCUGGUGGUUCUCAGUGCACUAAUGAUGGUGGGGCUGAAUGCCCUGCCGGCGCUAUGGAACCUGGCCCUGGUUCUGCUGCUGCUGCUGGUGAAGUUGAAUGCUCUGCUCGUGAACGUUCUAAUGAAAACUGUCGUGCUACUACAAAUGUAUCUGGAGGAGGAAGAGGUGGUGGUGGUGGUGGUGAAAGUAAUCAACAUAAUCCUGGAGCACAAGAGGGUGGCCGGAGUCUUGGUCAACAAGAAUCUAAAGAUCCUUCUGACAGAGAAGCUGAAGCUCGACCUGAAGGUACUGAUGCCACCAGGAGAGAAGCUGCUGCUGUGGCUCCUAGUGUUUCUACCACUUCUCCUGGUCCCUCUCCUGGUGCUUCUACUACUGGGGAGAGUGUUGAUGUCCCUUCGUCUGCAAGUGACAGUCAAACUGGUGGAAUUGCAGGAAAUACAAAUGGAAAAGCAGAACCUUCUUCUACUAACGGUUCAACCACUGAUGGUGGCGGUGAAAAUUCUAGUGCCACAACGAAUGAGAAUGACCCAUCAUCUGCAGGAACUACAAAUUCUGGGGAUGAUACUACAACAAGUAAUGAGGAAUCAACCACUACUACUACCACCACCACCACAACAACAACAAGAAGACUUCCUCCUGAACUCACAAACAACAAGAAGGGUGAUGCAGACAGCAGCAGCAGUAUCAGCAGUUCUGUAUGGGUGCGUGUACCACUACUGAUUGUGGUUACAUUGGCCUGUAUUCUUGUGUGCUGA